CAUCCGGGCCAUUCCCACGGCCCGACUCCGCAGCCUCCGCGCGGAUCACGCCAGGAGCCAGAGGGGCACCACCUUCAGUUAACAGAUGGGCGGGUUCGAGUCCUGGGCACGCCACUUCCGCCCGAAGUCCAGCGGAGUGGCUUCCGGUCCGGCUGGCUCCGUCGGCCCGGAAGUGGCGUUUGUACACGGAAAGAGCCUCGGGCUCCCUGUCAGAGUCCUCUUCCGGCAGCUGUGAGGGAGUCGGUGUCCACCUGCGACUGGAGUGGCUUCGACCGGGGCGGCGGCCGGCGAGCUAGGAGGACGCUGCGCCCUGGAACGGAGGCCCCGCGCCGCUGUUUCCGGAGGGGGGAGGCGAGCCCUUGCGCGCCGCGCCCCGCCCCGCCCCUCGCGCGGCCACGUCUCCCAGCAGGCGAAGAGACGAGGCCGGUAUCAUGGUUUGAUUUCAAACCAUUUAUGAGACUUGCAUUCUUCUGAAAAUGGAAAAUGUGGCACAGUGCUUCCCCAGAGCUCUUGGCUGUUGCUGAUGGCAGAAAUCAAAUGUGCUGGCAAUUUACUUGCAGCCCCUGAGUGUCAGCCCCACCUGUGGGAUCCUCGCUAUGGAUGGAGCUUCAGCCAAGCCAGAUGACCUUUCAGAGGAUGGACCCAGCAGUGGCCCCUCCACUCUCCCUGAGGCCUCCCUGAAACUCCCAGGCUCCCUGCCUGCCCCGACAGAUGAAGCUCAGGGUGCCAGUAUCUCGGUGAACAAAGCUUCAGGUGAUGGAGAAAGCCUGCAUGUACCUGGCAAGGGGAACACCUGUCAGAAUGAGCCAAUGCCACAGUUCCCAGGCCCUCUGUCAUCGUCUCUUGGUCCCCCCACAAGCCCAGUGGGUCCUGAUGCCUCUUCAGGUGUGGCUGGUUUCCAUGACAACCUAAGGAAGUCUCAGGGGACUAGUGCUGAGGGCAGUGUUAGAAAAGAAGCUUUGCAGUCUCUCAGACUCAGUCUUCCUAUGCAAGAAACGCAACUGUGUUCAACAGAGGCUUCCCUACCUCUGGAGAAAGAGGAACAGGUCCGCCUUCAGGCUCGGAAGCGGCUGGAAGAGCAGCUCAAGCAGUACAGGGUGAAGCGCCAGCAGGAACGAUCUAGUCUGCCUGCACCUAAAACAAGAAUUUUCAGCACACUUGAUCCUGAACUCAUGUUGAACCCAGAAACCUUACCAAGGGCCAGUACUGUGGCUAUGACAAAAGAAUACUCCUUUCUACGCACUAACGUCCCUCGGGGGCCUAAAGUGGGCAGCUUGGGGCUCCUGGCACAUCCAAAGGAGAAAAGAAGUUCUAAGUCAAGCAAAAUCCGGUCUCUGGCUGACUAUCGAACAGAAGACUCAAACUUUGGCAGUUCUGGAGCCCCAGCAACAGAUGCCUCAAGGGCAACAUUGAAGCAGAACCAAAGUGGGACCACAUCAGUGGUGUCUGAGAUCAGUUUGUGUCCCGAAUCUGAUGACCACUUAGAGGACACUUCUGUGGUGGGAGACAAUGUGUCUGAGGCUGACGGGAAUGAGAGUGAUAGUUCUUCCUAUAGCAGUGUGUCUACCCAGGGGGCACGUGGUCUGGUGAACACUGUGAGUUCGAAAGAAGCCGCCUAUGUGAUCAAUGGCCAGGAACUUGCUGCAGGUGCUCUGGGCCAGUUCCCUUCUAUCUCGGAUGUCCUCCGGGCUGCAGCAGCUGAGCACCGGGACCAAGGGCAGGAGGUCAAUGGGGAGUCUCGGAGCCGAGCAGACAGCAUCUGCAGUAGUGUGUCCAUGGAAAGCUCUGUUGCUGGAUCUCAGGAUGAACUGUUGCAGGCUCUUAAAGAAAAGAUGAGACUUGAAGGACAGCUGGAAGCUCUGUCAUUAGAAGCUAGUCAGGCACUGAAAGAAAAGGCGGAGUUGCAGGCCCAGUUGGCUGCCCUGAGCACGCGGCUGCAGGCACAGGUGGAGCAUAGCCACAGCAGCCAGCAGAGGCAGGAUUCACUCAGCUCCGAAGUGGAUACCCUGAAGCUGUCCUGCCGGGACCUGGAGCGCGCCAUGACUGACCUGCAGAGCCUGCUGGAAGCCAAGAAUGCCAGUCUGGCAUCCUCCAACAGCGACCUGCAGGUGGCAGAGGAGCAAUACCAGAGACUCUUGGCCAAAGUAGAGGAGAUGCAGAGCAGCAUCCUUAGGAAGGACAACACAGUGCAUGACCUGCGGCAGCAGAUGGCUGCCCUGCAGAGCCAGUUGCAGCACGUGCAGCUAGAGCGCAGCACCCUGAGCAGCAAGCUGAAGGCUUCCCAGGCUGAGAUCUCCUCACUACAGAGUGUCCGCCAGUGGUACCAGCAGCAGCUCACCUUGGCCCAGGAAGCCCGUGUGCGGCUGCAGGGCGAGAUGGCCCACAUCCAGGUUGGUCAGAUGACCCAAGCAGGCCUCCUGGAACACCUAAAACUGGAGAAUGUGUCACUGUCUCACCAGCUGACAGAGACCCAGCAGAGAUCCAUCAAGGAGAAGGAACGCAUUGCUGUCCAGCUACAGGGCAUUGAGGCUGACAUGUUGGACCAGGAAGCUGCCUUCGUGCAGAUUCAAGAAGCGAAGUCGAUGGUGGAAGAGGACCUGCAGCGGAAGUUGGAGGAGUUUGAAGAUGAAAGGGAAAAACUGCAGAAGCUGGCAGCCUCAGCAGCAGCCCUGGAGCAGCAGUUAGAGCAGGUGAAAUUGACUUUGCAUCAGCGAGACGAGCAGCUCAGCACUCUGCAGCAGGAGCACCUGGGCCUGCUGCAGCAGUUCACCCUAACACAGGAGACCCUGCAGUCCCAGGAACAAUCUCUGGGUGACUUGCAGACACGGUAUGAGGAGCUACAGGCCAAACUGGAGGAGCUAAAGGGGGAAGCUGCCUCCAAGGACGACACAAUUCGCUUCCUGCAGAAUGAGAAGAUCGUCCUAGAGGUGGCUCUGCAGGCAGCCAAGAGUGGCAAGGAUGAGUAUGAUAGAGGAGUGAAGCGACUGGAAGAAGGUACUGAGGAAACAUCAGAAAUUUUAGAGCAACUGAGACAAGAGUUAGCCAUCAAGUCCAGCCAGGUGGAGCACUUGCAGGAAGAGACUGCCACCUUAAAAAAACAGACACAGAAAAUAAAGGAACAGUUUCUCCAGCAAAAGGUGAUGGUGGAGGCCUACCGGCGGGAUACCAGCUCCAAAGACCAGCUCGUCAGUGAGCUAAAGGCCACAAAGAAGAAGCUGGACUCAGAGGUCAAGGAGCUGAGGCAGGACUUAGUCAGACUCCAAGGGGAGAAGCAAUGUGUAGAGGUGGAGCAUGUGCGUCUACAGAAGGAGGCCGCUCAGCUCCAGCAGCAGAUGGCAGUGCUUGAAGGGCAUCUACAGGUGGUGCAGAUGGAGCGUGAAAGCAUGGAGACUCACCUACAGUCUCUGCAGUUUGAUAAAGAGCAGAUGAUUGCUCUUACAGAAACCAACAAGGUACUUAAGAAACAAGUGGAAGAGUUGCAGCAAGAAGCCACAAAGGCUAUCUCUGAACAGAAGCAGAAGAUGAAGCGGCUGGGCUCAGACCUGAGCAGUGCUCAGAAAGAAAUGAAGAGCAAGCACAAGGCCUAUGAAAAUGCAGUUGGCAUCCUCAGCCGUCGGUUGCAGGAGGCCCUCACUGCCAAGGAAGCAGCCGAGGCAGAGCUGAGCCAGCUGAAAGCCCAGGCAGCCAGUGGCACCAGCAGCCUCAUUCUCCAGGAGAGGGUCCAGGCUCUGGAGCUGGAGCUGCAGACUGUCAGCCACAGUAAGGUAAUGCUGGAGAAGGAGCUGCAGGAGGUCAUCGCAAUGACCAGCCAGGAGCUGGAGGAGCAACGGGAGAAAGUGCUGGAGCUAGAGGAUGAGCUUCAGGAGUCCAGAGGCUUUAGGAGGAAGGUAAAGCACCUCGAGGAAUCAAACAAGAAGUUGACUCUUGAGUUAGAGCAUGAGAGAGGGAAACUCUCUGGCCUCAUCCAGUCCAGUGAGGCUCUGCGGGAGCACAACAGCAUCUUGGAGACAGCACUGGCCAAGAGGGAAGCUGACCUGGUCAAGCUGAAUCUACAGGUGCAGGCGGUUCUGCAGCGCAAGGAGGAGGAAGACCACCAGAUGAGACAGCUUGUGCAGACCUUACAGACAGCUCUGGAGAGAGAAAAGAUGACUGUGAGCAGCCUCAAAGAGCAGGUCGCUGCUGCCAAGGUAGAAGCAGGCCAUAACCGCCGCCACUUCAAGGCUGCCUCCUUGGAGCUGGGUGAGGUGAAGAAGGAGCUGCAGGCCAAGGAGCACCUAGUGCAGAAGCUGCAGGAAGAGGCCGAAGGUCUUCAGACUCAGAAGGGAAAACAUUCUCAGGAAGUUGCACAGUUCCAGACAGAGCUGGCAGAGGCCCGGGCCCAGCUCCAGCUCCUACAGAAGCAGCUGGAUGAGCAGCUGAGUAAGCCGCCUGUGGAGAGCCAACAGAUGGAAAAUCUGAAAUGGGAAGUGGAUCAGAAAGAGAGAGAAAUCCAGUCCUUGAAGCAGCAGCUGGACCUUACGGAGCAGCAGAAUAAGACAGAACUGGAUGGAACACAGCAGCUACUCCAGAAUAUCAAGUCUGAGUUGGAGAUGGUACGAGAAGAUCUGUCCAUGACCCAGAAAGAUAAGUUUGUACUUCAAGCUAAAGUGUCAGAACUGAAGAAUGGCAUGAAGACUAUGCUGCAGCAGAACCAGCAGCUGCAUGUGGGCCUGCGCCGCAGCAUGGCCAAGACGGUAAAGGCUCUGCCCUCGAGAAAAGACCUGAAGGGUGAGACCAGCUCUUCUGGCCCUGUAACACCAGUCAAGAUCCCCGACUGCCCUGUCCCGGCCUCGCUCCUGGAGGAGCUGUUGAAGCCUCCACCUGCUGUGAGCAAGGAACCCCUCAAGAACCUCAACAGUUGUCUCCAGCAGCUGAAGCAGGAGAUGGACAGCCUACAGCGCCAGAUGGAGGCACACACUGUCACCAUGCACGAGUCACUGUCUUCCUGGACUCAAGGGGACCCUGCUUCCAGCCCUGCUUUCCAGGGAGGUCACGCCAACCCCCAGGGAGACACAGAGAUACUCAUCCAUAGCAGGGCCUCUGCUGGAGAGUUGGGGCUUCUCCACCCCGAGUGAAUGUAACCAACUGAAGGAGUGGUCUGCCAAUAUUAUUUAUUUGACUGUAUGCCAUGUUUUUCUAGGAAACGAAAUUGAAAUGUCGUGUUUGCCUUUAGAGGGAGUAAAAUAACAGAAUAAGUGUCAAGGAUUCAAGAAAUAGUCACAGAUUACAACUAGAUUUUCCCACAAAAUGAUUAAAUCACAAAGGUCUAAUUUAGACUCAGUGAGAAAUGUCUUCAUGAGUCUGAAAGUUGUUGGCAAGAGAAACUGUCUUACAUGUGACCACAGGCUCUGCUCUGUGAGCAUCAGGACCCCAGUAAGCCCAGUGAAAGCAGCACCAUGGGACCAUCUCUCACUUCCCAUUUGGUUCAAUAAGAACUUUACUUUCCUACCGAAAUGACACUUUUUUUUUUUUUGCACUUCUGGUUUUUAUUUCAUUUCUUCAAAAGACAUCCCACAUCCCACCAUAGGAUAUGCGCCUGAACUCAGAAAACUAUAAUCUAACCUUUAAAAAAUACAUGCUCAUGUUAUUUAAGAAUGACCUAAAUUGUCUUUAUAUUGAUUGCCUUUUGAAAAUCUGCUGUUAGGAAAUAAUGUAUAUGUAGGAUUUAGAUGUAUCACAAAAUUAUGUUUUAAGAAAUAUAUUUUAUUUACCUUCUGAAACCAAAUCUUCAUAGACAGGAAGGAGUUUUUGUUGUUUUCCUCCCACUCUUGAGGGUCUUUUCCUUGUCUUCUGUGCACAGUGUCCUCCUGCCUCACUCCUGUCCUGCAUGCCCUCCACUUGGCCACCAGCCUGGCUGUAUAGCUGGUGUGGUCACCACAUGCUGUGGAAAGAGGGAGGCUGGGCUCCAUGCAGGGCUCCCACCCCUGCCACCCCACCCCCACCCCUUGUAUGCCCCAAGUGAAAAACUCAGUAGGACCUGUGUGCUCCAGGGACAGUCUGAGAAGAUCCUUGAACUUCUCAUCUGGAAAGUGCUGAGAGUUCUAGCUGGGCAGGCCGACUCACUGAACAAAGGCAAUCAGGUCUCCAUGGUGGGUGCCUGGUAGGACAUCAGCCACCAACAAGUCACUUCAUUUUACAUUUUUCUAACUAAAAUACUUAGACACUACAGAAACUGACUGAGGUGGCAGCAUAUGUAAGUUCUUCCCCUAUUUUGCUUAAAAAAAAAAAAAAAAAGUCUUUUAAAAAUACUAUAAGCCAAGGAGAAGGAGAGUGGGUCUUUGUGGGCUCCUGUGAGCUGUGCUGGUCUAAAGGUGAUGUUUGAAGUGUCACUGAACAAACCAGUUCCUUGCAUGUCUAUACACUAUCUGCCUCUUAUAAGAAGACACUAUGGUGUUUUAAGCUAUUGUGCUCUCUUAUGCUGUUAGAUGGUUCAUUGAGAAGUAACCACAAAGAUGGUUAGUGUCUUAAAAAUUCCCUAGCAAUUUUUGGAACAGCUAAAAUACAUAUACCAUUUGUACAGGGUUCAUCCUGAGCUAAUACUUGAAAGAUUCAUUUAUAAAUACAUUCUUUUCACCUUAAGUUGGAAAUUGCUUUUGACAAAAUUGGUUUUGUACUACUAGCAAAGGGAAAAGUGAUAGCUUAUAUGCUGACGCCUUUGGUUACAUUAUCCUUAUACUUUGAGUUUAAAAUCAAGAAUUAAUAGUCAGCUUCAUCCUGCACCUGCUUUCUCACUCCUUGCUUGUUAAGGUCUUUGGUGACUGCUAUUCACUGUGUACUUUUUCUCAUAGGAAAAGAUAAACUAAUUCUGAAUAUAUCCAUCAAAGGAAAGCAAGUCUCUGUUCCACAUCCCUUUCGUCCUUUGUUUAGUGGCCCAUGUGUACAUGUGGGCACAUGUGUUACUAUGUGUCUCUGUGUGUGUACUCCCUUGGCUUCCUGUCUGCACCCUGUGCCACCAGCACACCUUAGGUCCUUGAGCAUCUGGCUGUCCUGCCUCUGCUUGGGGCUCUAGCUGUCCCACCAUUGCUGCGUUUGUGUGUGCAUGUGUGGUGUGUGUGCGUGUGCGUGUGUGCAUGUGUGUUUUCACAUGUAGUUUCCCACUCAAGUUGAUGCCACCUUUAGGUUUCCAUAACAAGUCACCUGAAAGAGGAAGUUGAACUUUAAACUGCCUGCCUUUGAUUUGCUGAGGUUUUUUUGUCUUUGUUUCUUCCAAUCUCCAAGGGACUUUACUGAUACUUCUACCUCCCAAAGCUAGAUUCUUUAGUGAAUAAUAUUUGAAACCUGUUCUUACAGGCAGAAAUGAGAAUUAGGAAAUUACUCAUGGAAAACAGGCAAGUCUGGAACAGUUUUCAGAAACAAGUUCACCAUUUGUGAGUGUUAAUUGUCUCCUGUGGGUAGAUACUGUGUGUCUCACCUCUCACCACACACAGUGUUGACUUGGACACUUGUUUUUCUUAAGUUUCAAAAAAAAAAAGCUUAGUGCAAUGUGGUUACUGAGUUUUACACAAUACACAGCAGGGCAGUGCCACAAUCUUAGUGAUGUACACCUUUAUUCACCUUCUUGGAAGGUAUAGCUAGCAGACAGUGUUUUUGAUAGGAUGUGGAACUGACUCUUCCUCUGGCCUGGGGUCUAGGUGAUGGGAAGAGGCCUGUGGUGUACUGCCUUAGGAAUCACCUCUUGAAACUCUUCUAUGUAAAGGCUUCCUGGUGUUGGGAUACUGAAAGAACAGUGAGUCUUUAUGACAUGUGUUCCUACUCCUGAGAGAAUUGUUUUUUAACAACAAUGGAAGGCUGUGUGCACAGGUUUCUAGUAGUGAGAGGGACCAGCAUGUCUGAGAGGGAAAUGAUGUCCAGGAGCCUUUCCCGAGGGCCCCAUGGCACUAGCAGCACCAUGCUGGGUGAGACCCUUAGGACCUCCACAGCCCAGCAAACUUACUAUGAGAUGGUCUCAGAUUAUGAUAGGGCCUUCUAGGUGAUGCUUCAGAGGGUCGAGAGAACCUGGUGGUUUUAAGUUAGUUGUUUCUAUGAAAAAUGUCCCCUUGGAAGAGAGUCCUCAGGUUGGGGGUGUUUAGGGGAAAGAUGGCACCAUGCACAAAGAAAUGUAACUUAAUGAAACAUUUUUGAUCUUUUAUAAAUUUCAGUGUGCUUGGGAAUCCCUUAAAUUUUGUGCAAUAAACUAUUUUUUGGUAAAGAU